AUCCCAUUUCAAAAAAAAAAGACACAGACAAUUACAAGGAGUCAGCUCUGAAUUCUUGUAAAACCAUGAUAUCACACUGUUUUAAGAUGACCAUUUUCAUUUUCACGUGUGAAUGACAAAUUUCAUUGAACAACAAUAUUGGCUUGAAUGAGUUCAACUGCUUUUCCAUAAUACAGAUGCAAUAAAUUUGGAAGAUUCAACGCAAUGCAACGUACGGCUGGUACGACGGAUAAAGUGUAAAUGUCAAAGCUUGAAGCAGGAGCAAUUGAUUUAUAGCCUCUUCCAUGUUCUUCUUUAGCUGCUCAACAACCAGUGCAAAAGACUCAAUGAUUUACUGGAUACAUCUUUUCCAUAUAUCUUCACUAACACAAUAUCUCAUUCUAUUUCUCCACGGUAGAUGGGUGGGGUAUUUGGAAACAAAUGGUCUCCGGAUUCAAUGAUGUGGUUAACUUUUGCAUCGGUGUCUGCCUUGUGGGCAAUUACUGUAAGUUCAGCUAAUUUGGUUUCAGAGAGGGAGUUUAGUAAUUACAAACAUGGUAGAAGGAAACUAGACGACAUAGGAGGUUCCAUAAGCAUUGAUUGUGGGAUUCUGGAUGAUUAUAAAUACACUGAUGACAAAACUGAGAUAGAAUACAUUUCCGACAAAGAUUUCAUCGACUCUGGAGAGAAUAGGAACAUAUCUUCUAAGUUCAAUCAUGAAACCCUUCAAAAAUAUCUAUGGAAUGUGAGAAGUUUUCCUCUGGGAAACAGGAGUUGCUACACCAUAAGACCUCACGAAGGCAAAGAUACUACCUACUUCAUCAGAGCCACCUUCAUGUAUGGGAAUUAUGAUGAGCAGGACAAGUUGCCAGAAUUUGAUCUAUAUAAUGGAGUUAAUAUUUGGGACAAAGUAAAGUUUGACAAUGAAUCUCAUAUUGUCAUCAAGGAGAUUAUACAUUUCUCUUUGAUGGAUCACAUAAAUGUUUGUCUCUUAAAUACUGGCUCAGGAACUCCUUUCAUAUCAGCCCUAGAGCUGAGGCAUUUUCAUAAUUCAAGUUAUAGAAUCCCACCUACAAAAUCCUUGGUUCUGUACAGGCGUUUUGAUGUUGGUUCAACAACUGGUCAAGUAAUCCGGUACAAAGAUGAUGCUUAUGAUCGAAUGUGGUUUCCUUAUAACUUUCCUCAAUCAAUACCAUUCGAUACCUCCUCUGCUGUUGAUAGUGUGAAUCAUUCUGAAUAUAAACUGCCAUCAAUGGUCAUGAACGCGGCAGUCAGACCAAUGAAUAAUGACUCCCUUGAUUUUGAAGUGGAUACUAAUGAUCCCACUUUAGAAUUUUACAUAUAUCUGCACUUUGCCGAACUUGAAAUCAUCCAAGAGAACGAACAAAGAGAAUUCAACAUUAAUCUAAAUGGUAACUCCUGGAAGGAAUCUGUUGUUCCUCUCUACCUGUCCUCAACUACUAUAAAUAGUAGCACGCCAGUGAGGGGACCCAAGCUCAAGUUUUCUAUUUAUAAGACGGAAAAUUCCACCCUCCCUCCUAUUCUCAAUGCAAUGGAGGUUUACAUAUUUAAAGAUUUCUUACAGGCACCAACAGACCAAGAAGAUGUUAAUGCCAUCAUGGACAUUAAAGUGAGCAAUGGGGUUACUAAAAUCUGGCAAGGAGAUCCAUGUCUGCCACGACCUGCGUGGGAUGGCCUGAAUUGCAAAGACAAUGGUUAUGAGCCCCCUAUAAUCAUCUCCUUGAAUCUAGACUCAAGUGGAUUGACAGGAAAGAUAUCUCCUUCAAUGGCUAGGUUUAAAUCAUUAGAGUACCUGGACUUAUCAAACAAUAGCUUAACAGGACCACUACCAGAAUUUUUGUCACAAAUGCCAAACUUAACAACCCUGAAUUUGUCAGGAAACAAACUCUCUGGUUCAGUUCCUUCUGCUCUCCUAGAAAGAUCAAAUAAUGGUUUUCUGUCAUUGAGUGUGGAUGGAAAUCCAGACCUUUGUGUGAUGGCUCCAUGCAAAAAGGAGAAAAAGAAUUUUGUUGUCCCGUUAAUUGCAGCCACUGUCUCAGCUCUAGUUGUCUUAACUAUGCUAGUUGUUUGUUGGCGCUGCAAAAGAAAACAAGCUGCAAAGCAACUUCCAAGUACUCACCAAGGAGGCAGGCCACUGAAGUCAGACAAUCGACAAUUCACAUACUCUGAGGUUGUAAGUAUAACCAAUAACUUUCAGAAAAUUGUUGGGAAAGGGGGAUUUGGAACGGUAUACCAUGGAUGCCUAAGUGAUGGCAUGCAAGUUGCAGUCAAAAUGCUCUCUCCAUCAUCAACUGAUGGCUCAACGCAAUUUCUCACAGAGGCUCAGCUCCUGAUGCGGGUUCAUCAUAGAAACUUAACUUCCUUUGUUGGAUACUGCAAUGAGGGUACAAAUUUUGGGAUCAUCUAUGAGUACAUGGCGUAUGGGAACUUAGAAGAGCAUCUAUCAGGUAAAACAAGAGACGCUUUGAGUUGGAAAGAGAGACUUCAGAUUGCAGUUGAUGCGGCACAAGGCCUAGAGUACUUGCAUCAUGGUUGCAAACCACCUAUAAUUCACAGAGAUGUGAAGACAGCCAACAUUUUAGUGAAUGAAAAACUGCAGGCCAAGAUAGCUGAUUUUGGUUUCUCAAAAUUCUUCACUGAAGGUCAAACUCAUUUAUCCACUGCUAUUGUUGGCACGAUGGGUUACCUUGAUCCAGAAUACUACACUUCCAACAGGUUAACUGAGAGAAGUGAUGUGUACAGCUUUGGAAUUGUACUUUUGGAGCUGAUCACAGGCAAGAGAGCAAUAAUAAAAAGCCAUAACAAGGAUAACACUAAUAUUGUUGAUUGGGUUAGCCCCCUUCUUGCUAGAGGGGAUAUAAGAAAUAUCAUUGAUCCGAGAAUGCCUGGAAAUUUUGACACAAAUUCGGUUUGGAAGGCAAUAGAGACAGCAAUAGCAUGUGUGCCAUUAAUUUCCAUCCAAAGGCCAAGCAUGAGCCAUGUGGUGAUUGAAUUGAAGGAGUGCUUGGAGAUGGAAAAGGCUCAUGAACAAGAUUGUGGUCCAAUGACGAAAUCAUUCAACGACACAUUUGAAGUGAACCCUUUGGGCCUUGAGAUGGAUAUGGUUCCCCAGGCAAGGUAGUACGUACUAGGUAGCCAAUUGCUGGUUUUGAGUAUAAUACAAACGAUCCAAGUUGUUGAUUGUAAAUAUAAUGAUCGCUUAUUUUUCAUUUGAGAAAGAAAACAAUAAGUUAAGAAAAUCUAUAAAUCUUUGGUAUAUGUCUUUCA